AUGGUACGGCCACCAAUCUCGAUCCGACUACUCCACACCUCCCUUGCUCAUCGCACACCGACGGGUGCUGGUCCAAGUACUACCGCGAGAGACUCUUUGGCUUCUGUAUUGUCUUCCGCUUCUGCCGAUGAAGCUACCAGACGAUUAUUCGAUAGUAUGACUAGCAGAGUCAGGACAGAGGCGGAUGAGAAGCGGAAAGCAUUCAGAGCUGGCUCGUACGCUCCACCUCAUUCCCUAACUUCCUCCUCACUUUACCCGGAACCUCGACCCUACGCCAAAGCUCCCCUACUAGGACCUUCCAAAAAGAUAGCGACCAAGAUCGAUCCAUUCCACCUCUCCCAGACCUCUCCAUUGGAUUACGAUCUCAAUCCUCAUUUCGCACUGCAGUUCGUCAAUCCAAUGGGUAAAAUUAAAUCUAGAGCCGAGACUGGUUUGACGUGGAAGAAUCAGAGAAAGAUAGGUAAAUUAGUGAGAAGGUCCAGAGCAAUGGGAUUGAUAUCGAGAUGGUCCAAUCAACCUGUUCAAGGUGGGGUGGCAACCAGUGAUGGAAGGAUUAUAGGUAGAUAUUAG